ACUAAGACCCUUAAACUGAAGCAUCUAAAUGGAAUUAAGCCAUCAUUCAUUUUAUUAUUUACACCUGAACUAAAUUACUAAACAAUUAAAAUUCUUAGUACUUGAUCUCUUUUGUUUUCCUGUGUCACACUUAUAAUAUAACCCAAGAAAUAUUCAAAUUUGCUGUGUUUUUUCAGGCAGAAUGGAAACUAUGCAAGAUGGGUGGGAUCAUAAACUGUCCUCCAGUGGUAGAUGCCUUCAGGAAUUUCAAUUGGUCUUAAUUGCUCUGCUGUUCCUCCCAACCAGAACAUUUACCCAAGCAGACAAGUCCACACAUCUGUACUACAGACAGGACAAAAAGAUUGAGUAUGAUGGAAGUGAAGGUGUCUGUGGACGGCGUUCCACGUGUGGUCUGUGGAGUUACGGAGGAAACAACAUGCCAAGAAGUGGUCAUAGCGUUGGCUCAAGCCCUGGGUCAGCCUGGACGCUACACGUUACGGGAGAAAUUUAAAGACUUUGAGAGGUGCAUGACACCCGAUGAACACCUCCUGGAGACUCUUGAGAAGUACGGUGAACAGGCCAGGGAGGUCCAGCUCACACUGCUCCACAACGGACCUUCAGUCUGGGAUGAAAUGACCAGAACAAAAGUUGGCAGACACCAACCUUGCCCGCCAUUGAGGAGAAAAGAAGCAGGCACCAGAAUGCGGCGGGGUAGCGGUUCACUAAGUUUGCAUCGCCGAAGCUUGCCGCCAUUGUCCUGUUUGAGACAAGAACCUGAGCACCAACAAGAGGAUGUGAAAAGGCCUAAAAGAAAGUCUUUGACACUUAUGGAGGAGGCCUGGGAAUGGCUGGAGAGUCUGGGGAAAGGCAAGGUUUACAGUACUGCCUGUGAUAAGGAAAGCAGUAAGAAGACUGAUAAAAAGAACCGAACCUUGUUGGAUGUUUCUCUCACUGUUGACAAAGAUAACUCAGGUCGAGGCAGUAAAAGCAAAGUCAGAGGUCAGAAAAGUUUGAAGUCAGACUUGGAUCAUCAAACAUCCUGCUGCAUGGGAAGUCAGACCAGAGGUAAAGAAAGCAAAUAUUCCAAGAAAAAUCAAGGGGUAAAAUCUGAUAACCUAUCCAGUUCAAGCUGUGCUACAGCUGAAGAUGAGAAAAAUAAUUUAAGAGAAACCAUAAUAUGUCAGCUCAGUUGUUUGCAAGAGUUACAGGACCAGAUAGCACGAGUAGACAAACAGAUUUUAGAGUUUGAGGAACUACAGAGGGCCAGACAAGCUGAGCAGGAAGCCGAGCAGAGAAUGAAUGAGGAUGAGAUGGAGCAGAUAAAGUUUUGGGAGAAUGAAUUAAAGGCAGAGGACAGUUAUGAGAGAGAUCUGCAAAGUCAGUUCCUUGAGAUGAGGGCCAAGGCUGUGGAGUGCAAGACCAAGCUGGAGGACUACAAGUGCAAAAUGCAAGGACUUGGUUUCUUUGCCACUCAAAAUGUUGUUCAAGAGGACUCAGAGAUGGUUUCAAAAAUGGGGGCAAAUGAUGUCACUGAGAUUUCAGUUGAUUCACCUAAGGACCGAAAUCGGCGACGAUCUGAUUCGGACGGAAAUGUAAAUAUUAACAGGAAGUUCCUGCCCAGAGAAGACUUCAACCCUCCUUCUGCUCUAGUUCCUCCCAGUCAGAUAAAGGAGCGACGGCCCACAGGGCCCACCGAGCUCAGGGAGUGGUGGAGACGCUGGUCUGAAUCCCAAAGCUCCAAAUCACAGUCUAAAAAGAAGGUGAUACAUCGCUCUGAGCUCACUAUAUAUCUGGGCAGUACCAAAGUUUAGUCAAAUUAAUAGAGCAACUUGUGAAGAAAAACACAUAAUAAAUUUAAUGAAUGCUUCAUUGUA